GGGGGCUGCCGGCGGCCCGAGGUGAAGACAUGGAGCCGGGCUACGGAGGCUAUGGGGCAUGGAGUGCUGGACCUGCCAACACCCAGGGUGCAUACGGAGCUGGUGUGGCCAGCUGGCAAGGUUAUGAGAACUACAAUUAUUAUGGAUCCCAGAACUCCAGCGUGAGUGCCGGAGCGACAUACAACUACGCCCCGGCCUCGUGGGAGGCUGCCAAGACCAGCGAUGGCGGCCUGGCAGCUGGUGGCCCUGCCAUGCAUAUGGUCUCCUAUGGCCCAGACCCGGGCCCCGACAACUCAGACUCCCUCAUUGCCAAGAUCAACCAGCGCCUGGACAUGCUGUCCAAGGAAGGAAGCAGGGGGAGUGGUGGCAGUGGGGAGGGCACACAGGACCGCGAGAGCUCCUUCCGCUUCCAGCCUUUCGAGUCCUACGACUCCAGAGCCUGCCUCCCUGACCACAACCCCUACCACUCUGGCUACGGCUACGACUACGACCCGGGCACAGACCGCAGCGGCAGCUUUGGCAGCCAGUAUGGCGACCCCCGGGACCUGGGCCGUGAGCGGGGCACCCUCGACGGCUUUGUGCGGGGCCGGGGCCAGGGCCGCUUCCAGGACCGGGGCAGCCCUGGCACCUUCAUGCGCAGUGACCCCUUCUUGCCACCGCCCCCGGCCCCCUCGGAGCCCCUGUCUGCUCCCUGGGGCGAGCUGAACUAUGGGGCCGGGCGGGGCCUGGGCGGCCCCUCCCCCAGCAGACCACUGCCACCGCAGCCGCCGCCCCUCUUCUCCCAGCCCCUGGCCCCUGACUUUAGCAUGAUGGGCAUGCAGGGGGCGGGCAGCUUCAGCAGUGCCGUGCCAUACAGCUGUGGCCACACGCAGGCCCGGAUCAGGGACCGGCCCCGGUGGCGAGGGUUUGAGCGCUCUGGCCCUGAUGGCCCAGGCAGGAAGCGGCGGCUGCUACAGGCUUACGAGGAGCCAGAUGCCAAGCAGCCCCGGGUGGACAGCGAGGGAGACUAUUCUGACAACGCAGAUGAUGGACCUGGUGACUUCCGGUCAGGAGACGAAGAAUUCAGGGGUGAGGAUGAGUUCGGCGAGCUCGGGAGGCAGAGAGGCGAGAAGGAUGAUGAGGAUGAGGAGGUGAAAAAGCGGAGGGAGAAGCAGAGGAGGAGAGAUCGGAUGCGGGACCGAGCAGCUGACAGGAUCCAGUUUGCCUGUUCUGUGUGCAAGUUCCGCAGCUUUGAGGACGAGGAGAUCCAGAAGCACCUGCAGAGCAAAUUUCACAAGGAGACUCUGCGGUUCAUCAGCACCAAGCUGCCUGACAGGACGGUCGAGUUCCUCCAGGAAUACAUCGUGAACAGGAACAAGAAGAUAGAGAAGCGACGUCAGGAGAUGAUGGAGAAGGAGAGCACGAAACCAAAAUCAGACCCUUUCAAAGGGAUUGGCCAGGAGCACUUCUUCAAGCGGAUUGAGGCUGCCCACUGCCUGGCUUGUGACAUGCUUAUACCUGCUCAGCACCAGCUGCUGCAGCGGCACCUCCACUCCCCAGACCACAACCACAACCGCCGAUUGGCUGCUGAGCAGUUCAAGAAAACAAGUCUUCACGUGGCCAAGAGCGUUCUGAACAACCGACAUAUAGUGAAGAUGCUGGAAAAAUACCUCAGGGGUGAGGACCCUUUCACCAGUGAAGCUGUUGACCCAGAAGCUGAAGGGGAGGACAAUUUAGGAGGUGAAGAUAAGGAGGAGACAGCUGAGGAGGUAGCUGCGGAGGUCCUAGCUGAGGUGAUCACAGCGGCGGUGAGGGCCGUGGAUGGGGACAGAGCCCCAGCUCCAGAGAGCAGUGAGGUGCCGGCUGCUGUGGAAGGCCUUGCAGACACAUCCGAGGCCAGUGGAGACCCCCUCCCUGAACAGCUGUCAGCCAGUGGGACAUCCUGUGGAACAACCGAGAAGGGGAACACAGAUGCGGAAGCUGGAAAUGGGGCUGCAGAGGGCACAAGUAGAGCUGCUGAGGCCCUGGAAGCGGAAGCAUCUGCAGCAGAGGCAUACAGCACUGGAACAGGCCUUGUUCCUGGCCGAGAUACCAUGGAAGGCGAAGUGGAACAGACUGAUGCAGAGUCCAAAGAUGUUCUUCCCAUGGAAUAACCCGUUUCCCCCCGUGCAGGGACUUUUGUAUCAUGCAUUGCUCCUCCUUCUCUGGCUUGUAAGCAGUACUAGGGUGUCUGUGACUGCAAUAUGCUGUAAACUUACUGUGGUGAAGAGACCCCGCCCUUUCCUGCCAGAGAGUAUACCUCUCGGGCUGACCUGGGGACCCUUGCUGCCAGUGUCCUGUCCUGGAAGGAUGGAGGCUGCAGGGAUCCUACAUUCCCACAGGAGGCUCGGCAGCUCCCCCUGGCAGUCAGGUGAUAGAUCUUGGUGAUCCUUGAACUGGUGAAUACAGCCACUGGCUGAAUCCACCCACCCAUGCACCCCUACCCCCCAGCUUUUUUUUCUUUUUUGUCUGGGAGCGGCUCCACACUGGGAACGUAUCUUGCUUUAUAAAGGUUUUUUUUUUUCUUCUUCUUUUAAAUUUUAAGUAUCUGCUUUGGCUUCAGUGUUUAACCUCUGCUCUGUGGUGUACCACUUGUUAACCUGGGAUGUCAUCUGUCGCAUCACGAGCCUCAGGCUCAGUGGGUUUGACAGACCUUUCCCACUUGUCCUGAGGAAGGCAUAACACAUACUGAACUAGCUUUGCUUGGGGUGGGUUUUUUAGUCGGCAGACCUGGGUAAAUACCUUCACAAUUUUUACCUUACCUGUGUUCCACCACUACCCUCUUUAGUAUUUUGGGGUUUUCUUUCUUUCUUUUUCUUUAAUUACUUCCAUUUGAAAGUACUUAAAAAGAAAACUUGGUGUCACUACCACACAUGGAAAACCAAUACAAGUUGCCCUAGAUAGAUGUGAUUUUUAAACAGUGAACAUACUGAAGUGAAAAUGCCCUGUUAGUGAAACAGUCUUCCUUUGGAGGUUUCCGAGUCUGGAAGAGGGAGGCUGACAGGUGUGAAAGGGAAGCACACAGCAGCUCUACUUUCAUAGAACCAGAAGAAUGGGAAGAUCCUGCCUGUGUGUACUUGCCUGCAAACCUUUCACCUGCUGUAUGCCUCACAUUUUGGGAAACAUUGGCCGUUGGGAAAUGAUGGGAAAACAGGCAGUGCAGUAAAAUAUUUGAUGAGCAUCUACUGUGUACCAGGUGCUCAUUUGUGAUAUAAGUGUCAGACACAGGCCCUGCCCUCAGGGAGCCUCCUCACAGACGCAAGUUAAAUAUAUGUGAAAAAGUCAAUAUGAGAGAAGCAAGAAAAUGGUGCUCCUGAACGAUUUCUGCUCUUCAUUCCUUAAUGCUGCAUUGAUGGGCUUAAUCACAGGUCAAACAUGCCCUCUGAAGCUUGUUCUCCAAAAGCAAAGAUGUUGAUGGCAUCAAACAUUAGCAGGCUGAAAAGGGUGAGAUGGGACUAUUUUUUGUGUUUUGGGGUUUUUUUGUUUUGGUGUAAAAAUAAAGGCCUGGCAUUAAAUUUAAGUUUUAAUGAGGUACUUUCCCAUCUGUGUGAAACUACCUGACUCAUUUUAUUCCCGUAUUUAGGGGAAAUGAGCCCUUCACUCCCCAGGAUGUGUUGCACAAAUGGGAUGCCCUUAAAUUUCCUGAAACAACAGGAAUAAAUUGCACAUUCCCUUGUUUGAAGGGGAUGAGAGCCUUGGUGGCACAGUGAGUAAGUGCUUGGCUGCUAACCAAAAUGGUGGUUUGAACCCACCAUCUGCUC